AUCGUACAUCAUCCCUUUCACUAACAUGGCCAGCAUCAAUAUACAAGGUGUUGUUACCUAUAUAUAAUUCUAUUAUGUUUUAUAUCUUAUAUCACUCUCAUAUAGCAUCAGCGACUUGAAGCCAUGCUUUAAUCUUGUAUACACCCCUUAGACAAAUGUAAUAGAAAUGCCAUCAACAGAUGACUCCCUAAUGGCUCGACUACCAUCAAAUCUCGUUCCCGUCUUCACCCAAGCUCUUAAGAGCUACCAGAUAUCCAAUGCAACUUUCCGCGUAUUAUGUUCUUUAACCCAUUCUUCCCUAUCCUCCACGGCAGCUGAAGCACCAGCUCUUCACCCACCUCAAACCCCUCCAAAAUCCCUUCUUGUUCUCGACUCAUCUUUCAACCCGCCCACUCUCGCCCAUCAACAUAUGGCACUAUCCGCUCUCUUAGAACACGGACAGCCCAGCAAUGACAGCACUGAUAAAUCGCGAGUCCUCCUCCUCCUCGCCAUCAACAACGCAGACAAAGCACCCAAGCCAGCCGCCUUCCCGCAACGGCUAGCCAUGAUGUACAUCUUCGCGCAGGACCUACUGCGCUCGACAGCAGCAGAAACAAGGCAUACGCACCAGUGCGACGGCGUGGACAUAGCAGUAACAACGGAGCCGUACUUCCACGCCAAAGCACGCGCCAUAUCCGCAUCAGACUUCUACCAUGCCCGAGAGCCCAGCGCAACGGAGCAAAUCUUCCUAACGGGCUUCGACACGCUCAUCCGGAUCUUCAAUCCGAAGUACUACCCCGACGGGUCCAUGGCCGUGUCUCUCGACCCGUUCUUCGCGCGCUCGAAGCUGCGGGUGACGAUGCGCGCGGACGCGGAGUGGGGCGAUGCUGCGGCGCAGAGGGCGUAUGUGCGGGAGUUGCGGGAGGGUGGGCUGGAGCGCGUGGGUGGGAGGAUGGGGUGGGCGGAGAGGGUGGAGAUGGUGGAGGGGAGGACGGGUGGGGAGGAGGUUGUUAGUAGUACGAAGGUGCGCGAGGCGGUAUUGAGGAGGGACUGGGAGGCGUUGGGGAGGUUGGUUAGUGAGGAUGUUGCGGGGUGGAUUCGGGGGGAGGGGUUGUAUGCGGAGGGGGGCGUGUGAUGGGGAUGGGGAGGUGGAAGUUUGCUCGUUGUUAUUCAUAUGCUGGAGGAGUCUGGACUGAGGUGCCGUUGACUGUAUGGCUAAGGUCAGAAUAAUGGUUUACGGCGUUCAUCGGUUGCACGUCCCGGUGGAAUAUAGGGGUGUAUACCAAGCAUUGCAAUAUCAAGCCAGGGGCCUAGGCAAGACUUGAAUAGGGGUUUGGUGGCAAUACGAAGAUAAUGGGGGGAGUAAAGGGAUUAGGGAACGGCAGAUAGGCAGACAUACCAUUACGCUUUAGAGGACAUACCCGAGAUCCGGAGUCUGGGUUA